AUGGAAUCAAAAUUACCAACCGAAUGCCUUUUACAAAUCCUUGAAAAUUUUGGCCCAACGUACAAUGAGUGGGAUGAUAGCUUUAAAUCGUUACAUGCUUGUAUCUUGGUCAAUCGCAAGUGGUGUGAAGCCGGACUUACCAUACUUUGGAGAGAGCCGAUUGAAUGGUUACAUUCAAAAGAACACAAUAGAAGUCGACUCGCACCAUUGAUAUCAAUUUAUAUUUCUUGCUUACCUCAAGGUUCGAAAUCUCAAAUCUCGGAUGGUGGGUUAGAAUUAUCCUCUUCAACUUUGAAGUCGGUAUCUAUCGACUAUCCGUCCUUGUUGAAGGGGUUGGAUUAUCAAUCUCUCUAUAAUGCGAUUGGAUUUUGGAUGAACGCGAAUGAUAUCCCGGAAGAUGAAAUAUUCCGAGAGGAAAUGAAAAAUCAAGUGCUGGAAUUUAUCUACGAAAUGUUUAUGGCUCGGUGCAAAAUUCUGAAAAGAUUCAGUAUUUUUAUGAAGGCUGGAUAUAUAUUAAAUGAAUAUUACCUUUUACAACUUCCUUUUGCAUCAGGCGCAGAUCAAAGUUUAUCAAACAUCACGGAAUUUUCAUGUAAAGCUUGCCUUUUCUCACAAUUUAUGUAUCUCGUAGCUCAAAUAUGCAGGAAUAUCAAGAGAUUUAAUAUAGAAUGUUGCUGUACGGAUAAUGGAGGGUUGGCCAAGCUCAUAGAAAUUCAAGAGGUUCCUUUGGAUUGCAUCUUGAUAAACUUGAAAAGUAAGAAUAUUCCUCUUGUCGAAAACGCCAUCAGGAAGAAAUCCCAUUCCGUUACGGAUGUGCGAUUGUUUGGAUAUGAUAUUUUAUUGGAUUAUUUUAAAGAAA